UGUGGACAUGCGGAAGGAGCUGUGUUACCUGUCGUUCGCGGAGGGCCAGUGUUCACAGCCGAUGACCAACGAACAGACAAGGAUGCUGUGCUGUUGCAGUAUGGGUCAAGCCUGGGGCCACCCCUGUCGUCCUUGUCCCGCUGACAAGACCGAGGAAUACUUGCUGCUAUGUGGGAACCAGCCAGGUCAGAUCAUGGACCCGAUGACCCAAUGCCAGUGUCGAGAUAGAUGA